GUAGUAGUGUUAUGUUGUUAUCGGCUACUAUUCGCUUAGAAAUUUAUUAUAUUUUUUUUUUUUUUUGGGACGAGUAUUCUGAAUUAAUCGUUUACAAAACAUAACAGGCAGUGACAACACCAGCUUUGACCAAAUAAAAAAUUGAGAACCCUCCAAUAUAAAAUGCCAGUACGAGACAGGACAUCAGAGCUGCAACAAACUCAUGAGUUGCUAGAAAAAGAGAAAAGUAAACAUGGUGCUAAAAAGAAAAACAAAAAAGAAGAAAAGGGAGCUGAAGAAGAUUUUAUGAUGGAAGCAAAUAAAAUUGAAACAGAGAUAAAAAAGAUGAAAAAUGAUGUUUCGGAAUUGAAGAAACUUCAUAAAAAUUUAUUCAGCACCCCUUUCCCUGAUGAAACUCAGUCUAAAGCACUUGAGGAACAAAUUAGACAAAAUGCUACAAAAAUGUGUGCCUCUAUUAAACAGUUAGAAGAUAACUACAAACAAGAUACGCUUGUAGAAAGUGCUUUUAAGCGCAUUAAAUCUUUAAAAAUAAACACGCUUGUUACUGAACUUAACGAGUCCACAAAUGAAUUUUUUAAAAUACAAGCAGAAUACACUGAUAAAAUGAAAACUCGUUUGCGCAAACAGAUAGGAGCUAAAGGAAUUUCAAUGGAUGAAUCCCAAUUAAACAACCUUCUUGAACAGGAUUCUUACUGUGUUUUUACUGAAAAUUAUAUCUCUAAUGUUCAAGAGGCGGAACAAACUCUGAGAGAUCUUCAGGACAGAAAAAAGGAUAUCCUUGCCCUGGAGUCAAGUCUUGCAGAAGUAAAUCUUUUGUUUAAAGAAAUGAACUUGCUAGUCUCUACUCAAGGAGAGACAUUAGUUAGAAUAGAAGAUGCCACAAACCAAGCUGCGGAUUUGGUCAGAGAUGGCAAUGAUCAGUUAACACAAGCAAGGAGUAAACAAGCUCAAGCUCGUAGGCGAAAAAUAUGUAUUUUAGGAAUUGUUAUUACUGUGGUUAUAAUUAUAGUGGUCAUUGUUGUGAUUGUCGAGGUCAUUUAGUAUUUUUAAUAUGGCUUCGUUUUGAUCAGUCUGGGAUAAACUUCUUGUUAAGAUUAUUUGUUAAUGACAUCCAGUUGGUAUGGAGAGACAAGAACACAUUUAUUAAAAUGUGCUGUUACUUUAUUUAGUAAAAUAGUGAUGGUAACAUACGUCAGAUUUAUUAAUCUUUGUUGUGCUUUCACUUCUGUCUUCAGACAACAGAAACAUUAUUAGAUUACACUUCUGCUUAAUUAAAGCUUGUAAUUUAAUUUAAAUUAAGUGGUACACAUGUUAUGGAGAGUGAAAUGUUUUAAUGAAUAUGACUAGAGAAGAGACACAAAAGUGGACCUACAGCCACUAUUAUAGGAAGCUAAUAUUUAAACAAAAAUACUUUUACAGAUAACCUCUUACUCUUACAGGAAAAGGAAAAGUGCCUGGUUGAUAAGAACUGAAUUAUAAUUAUAGAAAAUAACUACAAAAUUAUUUAUUGGUUUUGUUUUUGUUUUGUUUUUAUUUUUUUCAAAAUACCUUAUAUACUAAUAUUAAGCAGUAUAAUACAUUCCAGUUGUGAAAAUUAUUUUAAUGGAUUGAUUUUCUGCAAUUAUGUGCCUUUUUUAUACAUUUCUUGAACUGAAAACUUUCAAUUUUUUAUUGAUUUGUUAUAUUAGUGCUUAAUACAUAUAGAAAACUACUAGUCAGGUUAUUUAUUGUAAAUGUACCUGAGUGAUAUUUAGAAAAUAUUGCUUUAUUGUUUGACUAUUUUCAUAAAUAGGUGUAAAAAUGUUACGCUUGUGUUCAGCUUAUAUCAGCAAUAAUGAAUUUUUGUCACAUUGGAUUUGAGAAUGUUUGCAAUAAUAAUUUUGUAAAAAUCUUGAUAUUUUUAUUUACUCUGUCAAUACAUUUUUAUAACUGUAUUGUUUUGAUCUUUUUAUAUACCGCAGUUUUCUUUAUAUUUCCAUAAUAAACUUUUACUAAACUGUUAUGUAAAUUUUAAAUUUACAAAUAUUUUUUUUAUUUCUAUAAUCAUAUGAAGAUAACUUUGCUAAAACAGAAAGUAAAUUAAAUUUUAUUUUAAUUGUAAUUAAUUAAUUAAACGACAAACAGCAUUUACAGAUAACUUUUCUCUUGAUUUUGGCUAGUACUAGAUGUUCUUUUGUAUUUUAGGAAAUGGAAAUGCAAUGUUUUUCAUUUAAAUUUAUUUUAUAUUUAAUGAGGCUAGCAUUUUUUUUCAUGUAAGUUUUAGGUACAGUAAUUUUAAUUACUACAAGUACUUAUGCAUUUUUUUAAAUAAAAAAAAACUGUCCAUUAAAAAGAAUCAGUGGAAAUUGUUGCCAAAUGGUAAAAGAAAUUGUUAAAACAAUAAAAGUAAGCAUUUUAAGUUUUAUUUCAACAUUAUCUCAUUAUGUAAGAACAUAUUUUCCAACAACAAAUA